AUGUUCGUGGAGCGCCGCCUUCCCAUUGCUCAUCAUCACCUUGGGGAGUCCGCGGAGACUCCUCUGAGCCAGACACGCGAGUACUGGUCGUUCGAACAGCGAUCUGCCAUGGCUGCGUCGUCACACAACCCGUAUCCACGAUCUCCCAAUCCUUCCACAAGGUCGUACGACUCGUCUUCGGUCUCCUCUGCUACGUCCCCCAAGCAGCCAGCACAGUAUCUUCCACGAGGUCUGAUGAACACAGGACCGAGGACAACAGCGGCACCGCCGCCCCAACCUAUUGGCAUCCCGCCUCUACCGCCAGUCAACCACCAGAGCGCUUUUACGCCUUACACGCCAGUGACUGCGGGCUCCAUCAUGGGGCGGGAUUCUCUUCCUGGGGCAGAGUCCGUGGCGAGCACGCCAGGCCCUUCUACUGCUUCCUUGCCCCCCAUUUCCCAGGCGCAGAAGAGAGCGUACAGACAGAGGAGAAAAGACCCGAGUUGUGACGCAUGCAGGGAGAGAAAGGUCAAGUGUGAUGCCACAGAGACGACAAGUUGUUCAGAAUGCUCGAGCCGUAACGUCAAGUGCCAGUUCACGAAGGAGACAAACCGAAGAAUGUCGUCGAUCAAGCAGGUGCAGGACCUCGAGAAGCAGCUGGAGCGACUAAGAAGGGAAAAUGGAAGCAUGAGGAGGAUGCUUCAGGAAAGAGAUGGAGCCAUGGACGUUGACCCCGAUGGACUCGAGCAACUGCCUCUGCAACUCCCGGAAAUUGGCACCGACCCCAAACGAAGGAAACGACCAGCCCCAAUGCACGAUCUGGCGCGGGCGAGAUCCAACAUGCGCAUUUUCUCUCGAGGAAUCUGGAAGCCUCCGGCCCAAUACCGUCAGGCACCUUCGACGCCAGCAUUUGAUCCCCAGAGGCCUGAACUACCUCCGAGACAGACGACUGACCAACUCCUGCACGCCUACUACGGUUCUGCGCACACAAUGUUUCCCAUUCUCCACUGGCCAACAUUUCAGACUGGAGUCGACGACCUGUACAGGAUUGGAAACACAAAAUCAGUGCAACCGGCAUGGCUUUCUACGUUCUUCUCUGCCCUUGCUCUGGGAAGCCUUUUCAGCCAGGACCCUCACUCGCACCGGGCAUACCGGGCAGCGGAACUACUCGAAGUCGCCAGGGGCAUGAUUGACCCUUGGAAUAACGACUACGUUCUCGACAACGUCCGAGCCAUGGUGCUUGUCACUCUGUGCUUGAACGAAAUGAACCAAAAGUCGGCUGCGUGGACGUGGCUGGGCACCGCGGUGCGGGCCGGUCAGGACCUUGGCCUCUACUCGGAAUCCGGGCCAUGGCCCGUCAUUGAGGGGGAGAUGCGUCGACGAGUCUGGUGGACGAUAUACAUUCUCGACCGCAGCUUGGCGCUCGAUCUCGGGCGUCCCGCGUUGAUUGACGAUGCCGAUUGCGACGUGUCGCUUCCUGCCGGCGUGGACGAUCACUACAUUCACGAGGGUGGCAUUAUGGUUCCCCCUGGGCGAGAACCCCUCAACCACUCGCUGCUGGCGUUGAUCAAUGUUAUCAGAUCAUACUCGUCCCUGAUCAAGGCGUUGGCGGCUCCGGCUGUGGCCCCGACCAGAUUAGCAACCUUCGAUCAACACUUCGUUUCCUGCCUACGAGCGUUUCCGCCUGUUUGCGACACUUCCAGCACGGGUCAGAUCUCUCCUCACCUCCUGACGCCCUUCACCUACCUGCUCCACGCUCGUCUCGUGUUGCACCGCCACAACCUGUCGCCAGCCUGCCCUCCCGACGUCCGCCUGGCUGCUAUGGAGCAGUGCACUCAUACAGCUCUUGAAACGGCCUCCCUCCUCUCCCGAGCGACCCCGAACCUUGCGGAUGGUGCUACCGCUCUUCUCACCACUCAUACGUUCCGCUGUGUUCUCUUCCUCCUUCUUGCGGGGUACUGGGACCACGCCACGACAUGCCUGCGGGCCCUUGCUUCCAUCGACGCGAGACGAGAUGUUGCAAUUCCCUGCGGUCGAUUCCUCGCCUUCUUCGUCUCGGCACUUGGCACCAAGCGCGCCGAAUAUGCCUCAUUUGUUGCUCGCACAACGCCUCCGAAGCCGUUUGCCCCUCCUCCCCCGCCACAAGGCCGCACAGGUCCUACCCCCUUGCAAGAGGCCCUUCUACACGACGAGGAGCUCCUCGCGUAUGUCAGCGCCGACCUGCAAGCCGCACCAGACGCUGCCUGGAUAUGGGCUGGCGGCGAGCGCGAAGCGAUUCUUUCUCCGACUUCCCCUGGAUCCAUUACUGCCUCUGGCGGUGCCAGCAGCGGCCUCUUCAACGCAGAGCAACGCAUGGGGCUUAGUGAAGACGAAAUCAAGGAAUGGGGAGGAUGGGAGCGCCUUGAGGCAGCCAUCCGUGGCUUGGCUUCCGGUAACACGACGCCUACGCCAACUUCAGCGACUUGGUCUUCCGCUCUGCCAGCUGGUAUCAAGUCCGAAGGCACUCCUGCGCCUACGCUGUCGAGCAUAAUGCCCGGUGGCGAGGGAAGCAGCAGCAACAGCCCGACUGCGAGCUCCAAGGGACGACCCCAGGACAGGUUGAGCAUCGCAAACAUCAUUUAG